CAAGCCCUCUCUAUAUCCUGCGUCUUGCUCGCUUUCUUUUUUGUUUGCUGGCUCUCGCUCUCUCGUCUCUCAUCUUUUUCUUCCCCUGCAUCCUGCAAAGUACCAUGGCUGUCCAUCCCUACUCUCCUUACACCAACUUUGCAUCCCCCACCACCAACACCACCACCGGCAUCAUGGAUUUCGAUCGGGCGGCGCUGCAUGAGUUCAUCAUGCAGCCCGUCUCGCGAGACAUGAUCUCUCAUCUGGCUCAACAAGCGAUGCAGGUCAUCCGCUGCGAACCGCAUGUGACAGCACAUCACGCGCAUGGCCAGCCCACUCCCCCCAGCACGCCGCCCUUGGAUGCAGACCUGCCUCCUCUACCAUCUGUCACCACCUUUAUUACCUCGCUAGUGCUCCGAUCGCAGGUGCAGGUGCCGACGCUGAUGACCUCGCUGGUCUACCUGGCCCGGCUGCGGGCUCGCCUGCCCCCCGUCGCCAAGGGCAUGCGCUGCACAGUGCAUCGCAUCUUCCUGGCUUCCCUGAUUCUGGCAGCCAAGAACCUCAACGACUCCAGUCCAAAGAACAAGCACUGGGCCCGGUACACCUCCGUCCGCGGCUACGAGGGCUUUGGAUUCUCGCUGCCCGAAGUCAACCUGAUGGAGCGUCAGCUGCUCUUCCUGCUGGACUGGGACAUCCGUGUCGACGAGGCCGACCUCCUGCACCACCUGGAGCCGUUCCUCAUGCCCAUCCGUCGCCGUCUCCAGCUCCAGGAGCAGCGACAGCGCGAGGCUCAGCUGCGUCAGCCCCGUGAAUGGCGUCGCUUCCAUGCCUCUGCCGACCUGUUUGCUGCUCGCCUUCACCGUCAGAAGGCCGAGGGUCGCCGUCUGCCUGGCGAGUCUCCCACACGGAGACGUCUGCCCCCCAGCCCAGCAUCGUCAGCUUCCCUUUCUUCCGUCUCCUCAGGCAGCUCCUACUGCGCCUCUCCAGCGUCCGUGGCCGAGUCGGAGCGGUACCGCCCGUACCCACCCCGUCGACGUCCCUCGACCCGCAGCCAUGGGUCCGUCUCUUCUCCGCCAGCUUUGCAGGAUGUCCCAGGCCUAUCACGUGCUGAAACGCUUCCCUCACUGAGCUCGCGUGCUUCCAGCAUCGCACCCAGCUCACGGGGCGACACGCCCGCUAGUCUGCGCACCUCCAGCUCGAUAGCCAGUAUGAACGAGGUGCACGUGGUGGAUGGCAGUCGCAGCCCAUCGGCGAGCAACGGCUAUGUCUCGAUGGGCGGCACGAAAGUGGAGGAGCUGUCGCAGCCGAAUAAGAAAGCCCGACACUCCCUGAGUCACGCACAUGGACCCGGACAAACCCACCCGGGGUUUGUAGCGCGGUUCCUGGCAUCCGCGGCAGGGUCGUACAUGGGAGGCCGUCGGCAUUAGGGUUCAUCGAGCUGGACUUGAUGAGUUUCGGACGAUUGUCUUCUAAUACCUGCAUUGCAUUUUUGCUUUUCCAUUUCCCCCUAUCAUCCCAAAUUUUGGGAUAGUUGAUGAAUUUCUUUUCUCUGUCUUACCGUGUGAUGAUAAAAGCGGUUGACCCAAUACCCUCUACCCCUCUCUCUUCCCGUGAUCUACAAGAGGAUAGUACUUAC